GGUGGACCAGGCCAUCCUCUCGGAAGAAGACCGCGUGGUCGUCAUUCGGUUCGGGCACGACUGGGACCCUACGUGCAUGAAGAUGGACGAGGUUCUGUACAGCAUAGCGGAGAAGAAAUGGCAGAUAGUGGGGGAUCGUCCUCGUCUUGUUACGGGCCCUGUUUGGACACCCCAGCUGCUUUAAACAGCUGGUUUUAUGCGGGGCUUUGAGGAGAGCCUGCUGUGUGCCCUCUGAGCUGCCUGCCAUCCUGGAGGAACAGUUUGUCACAGCUCACUGUUAAAUCUCACGGUUAAAAAUUUUGCAGUUAUUUAUCUUGUGGAUAUCACAGAAGUACCUGACUUCAACAAAAUGUACGAGCUUUACGAUCCCUGCACUGUCAUGUUUUUCUUCAGGAACAAGCACAUCAUGAUCGACCUGGGCACCGGCAACAACAACAAGAUCAACUGGGCCAUGGAGGAUAAGCAGGAGAUGAUCGACAUCAUCGAGACCGUGUACCGGGGCGCCCGCAAGGGCCGUGGCCUGGUCGUGUCCCCAAAGGACUACUCCACGAAGUACCGAUACUGAGCGCCCCUCACGGGCCCGGGGUUGGCGGGGGUCACUUCCACGUGUGGACGCUGGCUCUGACGCCUUGGAGGAGGAGUCUGGGAAGGACAGGAAGCUGCACAGCCUCCACGGGAGUCGGCCUGGCUGUGCUUUUAUGCUCGCAGAUAAUCUGUAAGCACCCAGCCGAAGAAACAAAUACACAGUGACGGGAA